AUGAGCAUGGAUUGUUGCAGAAAGGCGUCGGAUAAAAAAGGCUCACUAGUCACUACAUGGGGACAUGAUCAGCGAAAUGACGAGCUUUUGCGACCGUUGGUCGCGCGGGAGUUUAUGAAGAGGAAGGAGCUCAGGAGUCGGACGGGGAGGGAAGCCACCGAGAAAGGAAAGCGCCGUUGGAGACGAGGAACACCGAACUCGGAGCAAGGCCUUGAAACCCCAAGACGCAGCUGCAAGUACUGCAGAAAAUGCAGAGGGCGAUGGGAUUCGGGCAAGUUUAGGCCUCUUGUUCAUGUAAUGUACUCAAAAAGACUUGGCUGCUUGGCGCACGAGCUCUUGUAUCCCUCCGGGGGGGUUGCAAGUGGCGCCGAGGUGGAUAUCCUCGGCGCCGUUGCGACCCCGGAUUGGGCCAGCAACGGGCCGGUGCCAACCAAAAAGAACAAGAGAUUAUCGGGCCAAGGCCCUGGCGGUAACAGGAUACUUUCGCAGAGACCAAAUACCAAGAAAAGAGUCGCCCAGGACGAGCCAAGGUAUUGUCCAAAAAGACCUUCCAAGAGGCCGCCCCUGAUUCACAUUAAAGCCAAGCGUACUUGGCAGCAGGCGGGCUUGGAAUUUUGGUGGAUUUGA